CACAUGCUAUUUGCAUAUAUACAUCAUGGGAUUGACAUGUUAUUCCUCAAACGGCAGGAGGUGCCCUUCAGGCUGUAUUUAACGCAUCUUCUCAAGGAUGGAUGGAAGGCGCACUUGCCUCAAAGAUUCAGUUGAUUCUGUACUUGCCCAAACUCUAGGGUCCUUCUUCAGGCCAUUCUUUUCUUUCUCUUCUACUCCUGGCUUUGUUUCUUUUAUUUCCACCACCAGGCCUUUUGUCUCUUUUGUCAUCUGUUUAUCAACCACAGCCUGGCUAUUUCGAAUCAUCAGCCCAUCCCUCCAAGUACCUGUUGGAACCAUUCCUUCAAGUAGUACUGUUUUUGUCUUUUUAUUUUCAGCCCCAUCUGAGGUGUGAAUACAGGCACGCCAACUUUGUUCGGCAGCACGUCUGUGUCAAGACAGGCGCACCAUUCUCCGACAAUGGCAAUCAUUGACACUCUACCAGCUGUCGACGUGUCAGUCCAACUCAACAACUCAUUCAGAUGUGCUGAUGAGCACCCCGAUCCGAACCCCUACCGCAAAGAGCGGUACCUCGGAGGGGUUGAGCGUGUUGCUCGAAACUAUGUCGAGAGUCAAGAGGGUACCGAGUUCUGUAUCCACGUCAAUGUCAAAGAUGAGCCCUCGAUCGACCCUUGGGUCUACAACGAACACGGGCUUCUCUUCUUCCUUUACAUUGAUGGGAUCUUUAUGGGCAAGAGAUUCUGUCAAAACAAGGACUUCAACCGAGGUGAUUGGCAGUUUACCUUCUCCUCGAGAAAACAUCCCAACGAGGACCGCUCGUCUCUGGUCGAAAGCAGAUUCAAGUUCCAGUCAAUCGUUACUGGUAAAAUAUCCACUAUUCAGUCCUUAUCUUUUAUGGUCUCGAAGCGACACAUACUGACAUCGCGCAUAGUCGACGGCGAGCCCACUCACGGCGAUUUCCGCAGAGCCCGCGACCUUGGCAUCAUAGAGGUCAAGGUCAAGCUUGGAAAAGCCUCUGCGAUGACCAACCGCAGACGACGCAGGAACCUCGAGAGAGACUUCCGCGAGCCAGCUGUGGAUGCCUUCCUGAUUCCUGAGGAGGCACUCAAAGGCCGCCCAAUCUACCACGGAACCUCGUCAUUUCACCGCUCCGGAGAGACUUCCUGGAGGCCCGCCCCGUUACAACUCUCUCAAGACAGCCACGGGAGCACUCCUCGCGACGUACACCUUCAAGUACCGAUCGAAGGGCGAGUGAACCGCUGGCACCACUUCGGAAAGCAGUGGACUGACUUGUGUACAGAGGCCUUAAGGAUUGAGGAAAUUAUUCCUCGCACCCCUAGUCCAGAGCCAAUGCCUCAGCGCAGGUCGGUCCGCUUCGACGAACCCAACACCGUUCCGCGUUUCGAGGAUCUACAUCAAUAUGAGAUUGAGCGUCUUGCCCGAGAGAGGCUUAGACAGCUGAGAGAUGAGAAACUCCAGACGCCGAGUUUGAAAAAGCGCACCUACGACGACUACUGCGACCUCACCCAGAAUGACGAGCAGCCGGUGCGGCCUUACAAAAUCAUCAAGAUGAGGAGCGGACACGAGGCUAUCGAUCUCACGGGCGGCUACUAG